AUGCAUGCAGCAAAUGAGGGGCCUGAGGGCGGCCCCGAGGGUGCGCAGAAUGCCGCAGCAUCAGACGGCGCCGCAGCAGCAGCAUCUGCAGCAGCAGUAGCAGCAGAGGCAGAGGCAGCAGCAGCAGAGGCAGCAGCAGAAGAGGCAGCAGCAGAAGAGGCAGCAGCAGCAGAGGCAGCAGCAGCAGAGGCAGCAGCAGCAGAGGCAGCAGCAGCAGAGGCAGCAGCAGCAGAGGCAGCAGCAGCAGGGCAGCAGCAGCAGCAGCAGCAGAGGAAGACGCAGCAGCAGCAGCAGCAGAGGAAGAGUUUGGGCCGGAGGAUUACGACGAUGCGAGCUCCUUUUACGACCGCUGCUGCUGCUGCUGAGUUCCUGCAGCAGCAGCUGCAGCAGGGAGCAGCAGCAGCAGCAGCAGCAGCAGGGUCCCAGACGGGGGAGUACCGGCUGCUGCUGCAGCACAUGCCGGAGGGCCCGGAAGCAGCAGCAGCAGCAGCAGCAGCGCAGCGCAGCAGCAACUUGCUCGAAAGGUCCGCAGAUGUGCAGCAGCAGCCGCAGCAGUUCUCCGCCUGGGAAGCAGCAGCAGCAGCAAAAGGAGGAGCAGCAGCAACAACAGCAGCAGCAGCACUAAUAGGGGCGCUGCUGCCUGCGGGCCCGGGGGCGCUGCCCCCGGAGGCGGCGGAGCCGUUUGCUGCAGUGAUGGCUGCAGCAGCAAACCAGACUGCAGCAGCAGCAGCAGCAGCAGCAGCAGCAGCAAAACCCCUCGUCACUUUCCGAGAUCUUGGAAUUCUUCCUCCCCUUCUCAAAGCCCUCGCAGCUGAGGGUUUUCACUACCCCACUCCAGUGCAGGCUGCUGCGCUGCCAGUGACCCUCGCGGGGCACGACGCAGUGGUGCAGGCCAAGUCAGGCACGGGGAAGACAGUGGCAUUUGCUUUGCAUGCGCUGCAGCUGCUGCUGAUAGCAGCAACAACUGAAGCGCCAGCAGCAGCAGCAGCAGCAGCAGCGCCCCCAGCAGCAGCAGCAGCAGCAGCAGCAGCAGCAGCAGCAGCAGGAAGCUUCUUCGGCUUCGCUCUCGCCAUCGCUCCCUCUCGAGAGCUCGCCGCCCAGACCUGCAGCGAAAUCCAGGGGCUUGGGUCCCACAUUUUGCAGUUUCACGUGACUGUCUCCUGCUUACUUGGAGGUGUCUCCACAAAUGUCUCCGUCCACGAGCUCGCGAAGAGGCCUCAAAUCAUUGUUGCGACUCCCGGCGCGGCCGCUGUCUUUGCGCCCAGUCGAAGAGAGUGGCGGAAGCAGCAAAAGCAACAGCAGAAGCAGCAGCAGCAAAUGCAGCAGCAGCAGGGGAGUCUGCUGCUGCUGCAGCGGAGGACGCUGCUGCUGCUGCUGCUGCUGCUGCUGAGACGGCGCAGCAGAACGCAGAGAACGCCGCGCUCUUUGCUGCCAGCGCCCAAGCAGCAGCAACAGCAGCAGCAGCACUCUGCAGCUGCAGCAACGUUUCGCUGCAGCAGCAGCUGCAGCAGCAGCUUCGCCUUGUUAUUCUGGAUGAGGCCGAUCUGCUGCUGCACAACUUUUUCAGAGCGCAAACCAAAGAUCCUGGAAAGGGUGCUGCGGCCGCGAGCGCAGCUAACUGCAUACUCAGCAACAUUUGCCCCGCAGCUGCUGCACUACCUUGAGAACGAUUUGCUGCAGGGCUCGGAGAGGCUCGUUGCUGCUGCUGCUGAUGAGCAGCAGCAGCAGCAGCAGCAGCAGCAGCAGCAGCAGCAGCAGGGAGAGGCGCAGCAGCAGACGCAGCCAAGGGAGAUCCGCCGGGUGUUUCUUUGCUCUUCCCGCGUGCGCUUUGCGCCCAGCCCGAGCCCAGACAUCAGCAGCAGCAGCAGCAGCAGCAGCAGCAGCAGCAGCAGCAGCAGCAGCAGCGGCGCGGCGGGCGGGGCUAGCUGCGAGCCCGCGGGCGGCCAGGAGAGCGACGACAGCAGCAGCAGCAGCAGCAGCAGCAGCAGCGACAGCAGCAGAGACGCAGAAGAACUUUCAGCGCUGGAGUCUCUCGAAGCAGAAGCUGCUGCUGCUGCUCAGCGGGAGGCGCUGCUGAAGCUGCAGCAGCAGCGGAUGGCCGAUGCUGCUUUGCCGCCCCCGGUCCCCUCAGGGAUAAUAUAUGGGCUAAUGGAGCUGCCACUGGAGAACUCGGGGCUGCGCACUUUGGGGCUGAAGCUGCAGCUGCUGCUGCAUGCAAUGAGCCGCAUAUACUUCAGACAAGCUGUGGUUUUCGUCAAUGAGCCCGUCGUCGGAACUCAUGUGGCUCAGAGCCUCCGGCGCCUCGGCAUUACUGCCGUGUACACGAGCUUCAGCGGCAGACUGCCUCAGAGCGAACGGAACAAACGCGUGGCAGCCCUCAAGAGGUUUGAGUGCAGGGUCAUGGUCUGUUCCGACCUGAUGAGCCGCGGAAUCGACGCAGUUGGCGUGGACUUCGUCAUCAAUUUCAACCUGCCCAUGGACAAGGAGACCUUUUUGCACCGGGGGGGCCGCGCGGGGCGCUUCGGCAGCUGGGGGGUUUGCUUGUCUCUUGCUGCAGCAGAUGAAGCAGCUAGCUACAGAUAUAUAGCAGCUAGCUACGGGAUAACACUGCAUGCACUGCACCACAUAGAGUUGCUGCAGGAGGCGCUGCUGCCGGAGGGGCGGCGGCUGCGUGCUGCUGCUGCUGCUGCUGCUGCUGCUGCUGCGCCCGCCGGCGCGCCCGCGCGCCGCCCCGUGGGCUCGCCGCAGCAGCAGCAGCAGCAGCGCCUCGUGCUGCUGCGCCCCAGCAGCGAGAGCGACGAGGAGGAGCAGCAGCUGACUCCGCAGCAGCAGCAGCUGCUGCUGCGGGACAUAGAGCAGCUGCAGCAGCAGCAGCAGCAGCCCGAAAGCUGGGACGAUGUCCACCAGCGCAUGCAGCAGCAACUCGUGGCCGAGAUGCACUUGAAGAGGCAGCAGCACGAAAUGGAGCUGCGCAGGCAGGAGAGGCUGCAGCAGCAGAUGCAGCAGCAGCAGCAGCUCUACGAGAUGGAGGAGCAGGAGUACGAGCGGGAGCAGCAGCAGCAGCAGCAGCAGCAGCAGCACAAGCGGGAGCAGCACCAGCAAGAGCGGGAGCAGCAGCAGCAAGAGUGGCAGCAGCACCAGCGAGAAUGGGCUCGCCGGCAGCAAGAAUGGGAGCAGCAGCAGCAAGAGUGGAAGCAGCAGCUCCAAGACCAGCAGCAGCGGGAUUCCCAGCUGCAGCAGCAACAGCAGCAGCAGACCAGGCAGCAGCAAAACCCAGCAGCACAUUCCAAGCCCAGCAGCAGCCGCACAGUGAGGAGGCUGUCUGCAGAAAGCCAGACGAGGGAUGAUCAGCAGCAGCAGCAGCAGCAGCAGCAGCAGCAGCAGCAGCACGAGGAGCAGCAGCAGCAGCAGCAGCAGCAAGAGCGGGACUCAAGCUUUCCGCUGGACCGCAUGUCUUCGCUGCCUUGCCAUUCUGCUGCUGCUGCUGGGGCUGCAGCAGCAGCAGCAGCUGGAGUGGCAGCUUCUGCCGAUCAGGAAGCAGCAGUAGCAGCAACCUACAUGUGUGCGCUGCCCACAACUCCCAUAGCAGCAGCAGCAGCAGCAGCAGCAGCAGCAACUGCAGCAGCAGCAGAAGCCUCUCGGGAAGUCUCAGCGGACGACCGCCCCGCUGCAGCAGCACCGCUGCAGCCCAUCCCUGUUCUGGGCUGCUUCCUUCCGGACAAGCUGCAGCAGCUCCAGCUGGAUCGGCAGCAGCAGCAGCAGCAGCAGCAGCAGCAGCAGCAGCAGCAGCAGGAACCGCCCAUGACUCUGCAGGUGCAAGCGGUGGGCCGCUGCGCUCUUCACUGCUGCUCGGACGGAAGCAGCAGCUGCUGCUGCGGAACAGAUUGUCUGCACUUGGUGCUUGAGUGCCGCGAGGCUGCAGCAGCAGCAGCAACAGCAGCAGCAGCAACAGCAGCAGCAGCUGCUGCUGCUGCUGAGGAAGCAGCAGGGGAAGCAGCAAAAGCUCGACGGCUGCUGUCCCUCUGCGUCUCCCACAGUCUCCAAGAUGUGACAGUGCUGCGGCCGCAGCUAGCUCUUGACGGGGCUGCUUUGCAUGCAGUGGUUGCUGCUGCUUCUCCGGGUCCUGCUGCUGCUGCUGCUGCUGCUGCUGCUGCAGACGCAGCAGCAGCAGCAGCAGGCUCCUGCGCAGCAGCACAGUUUGUGGGGCGCGAAAGCCAGGGGGCAGAGCCGCUGUCUCCGGUGGCGUUUGUGCUGUUCAGACACCUGAGGCAGCCGCAGCAGCAGCAGCAGCUGCAGCAGCAGGUGCAGCAGCAGCAGCAGCACGCAGCAACAGCAGCAGCAGCUCAGCUCAGCGCCCAGGAGACCCUCCGCGCCCACAAGCAGCAACUCGAGCUGCUGCUGCAGCACAGAAAUAGGGAUAUGCAGGAGCUGCAGCGCAAGCAGCAGCGGGAGCUGCAGCAGCAGCAGCAGCAAAACUGCAGCUGGCAGCAGCUUAAGCAGCAACUGACGCAGCACGAGCGCGAGAUACAGAAGCUGUGGGAGCGCCACCGGCGGCAGCAGCAAGACGUCAAGCAGCAGCAGCAGCAGCAGCUGCAGCAGCAGCUGCAGCAGCUGCAGCAGCAGCUGCUGCUGCAGCACUUGGCAGCACGCGCAGACGCGCCGCAGCACUUCGUCUUGGCUCUCCCCGCCCUGCAGCUGCCGCGGCUGCUGCUGGCUCUAGAGCGUGCUGCUGCUGCUGCUGCUGCUGCUGCUGCUGCUGCUGCUGCUUGCCCAGCAGCAAAAGCUCACGGGCCCCCGCAGCCGCUGCCUUCUUUUUCGCUGCACGAAGCAGCUCGUUGGUACAUUUUCGUGCAGCAGCAAAGCAGCCGCGGGAUUGGCAGCAGCAGCAGCAGAAUGCAGCAGCAGCUGUGA